GUAUUUUAUUCUAUCUAUUCUAUUUAUGUUCUCCACCAUCUUAUACUUCUCAUGUUCUUUUAUUCUCUCUCUUCUGUCUCUUUUCUCCACCAUAUAUCACUGAGAGGUUGUAUUGAUUGUUGUUUCAAGAAAAUCAUCUGCUGUUGCUGUAAAUUCAAAGGAUUCAAGGCAGCCAUCAUUUCUCCAAGCGUAGAACUUUGCUGUGUGUGUCUGUGAGAGAGAGAGAGAGAGAGAGAUGGAAGAAGUUCGCGUCGUCUCUACAUGUACAAUUCGACCGGCGAGAUCAGAAGAUCGUGACGACUCAACUCAGAGGAUGGAGUUAACACCAUGGGACCUCCAGCUCCUUGCAGUUGGCCCAAUCCAAAAGGGUCUCCUCCUCCCCAAACCCCAACCUCAAAACGAAAAAGAACUAACAGAAGACAUGUCUCUUAUUGAUCAUCUGAAAGCCUCACUCUCUCGCACCCUAGACUACUUCCCACCCCUCGCCGGCCGCCUCGCCGUCACUAAACACACCGACAACACUACUUCCUUCUUCAUCGACUGCAACGACGCGGGAGUUCAGUUCACUCACGCCGCUGCGAACGACCUUACUGUCUCCGAUAUUCUCAAGCCAUUGUACGUGCCCGGUAUAGUUCAUUCCUUCUUCCCCAUGAAUGGAGUUCUCAACCAUGAAGGCGUUACGAAUCCUUUGGUGGCAGUCCAGGUAACAGAGCUCAUUGAUGGCUUCUUCAUUGGGUGCACCAUGAACCACUCCGUAGCAGACGGGACAUCUUUCUGGCUGUUCUUUAAUUCAUGGUCUGAGAUAUCUCGUGGUCUGAAUCGUCAUCUGUCCAAACCUCCUGUUCUUGAACGUUGGUUUCCAGAUGGUAUCAAUUUUCCCAUUCCUACUCCUUUUUGUGACGAAAAACUGGUUGACACAUUCGUUCGAACACCAACCCAAGAUCGGGUUUUUCAUUUUAGCAAACAGAUUGUCGGCAAACUCAAAGCACAAGCCAACGCCGAAAUGGGUACCGAUCGAAUCUCCUCUCUUCAAGCCCUUUUGGCUCACGUUUGGCGAUCUGUCAUACGCUGUCGCAAUGUCGCCGGAGACCGAGAAGCUAUAUUUAUAUUUCUAAUAGGAGCUAGACAACGGUUGUUUCCGCCUCUACCGGAGGGGUAUUUUGGGAACGCCGUUCACUCUGGGCUCGUAGCCACUACCGCCGGCGAGCUGAUCGAACAAGGACUGGGCGGGGCGGCUCUGCAAAUGAACAAGAUGAUUGCUCUGCAAACCCAUGAAGAAGUAAUGAAUUUUUACGAGAAUUGGGUGAAGAACCCUAGGCUGGUGAAGAUGGGUACUAUGCUGAAUACGUCAUUGGCAACGAGUAGCUCGCCGCGGUACAAUGUGUACGGGAAUGACUUCGGUUGGGGCAAACCGUUGGCCGUACGAAGCGGUGGAGCGAACAAGUCCGACGGGAAGAUAACAAUUUUUCCGGGGGUUGAAGAAGGGAGUAUAGACAUUGAGGUUUGUCUUCUGUCGGAAACAUUGAGAGCUUUGGGGGAUGAUUCAGAGUUCAUGGAAGCUGUAACCAUCUGAUUUGAACACUAAAACUUGAUUGUUUUGAGGGUUUAAUUUAUUACUUUUCGUACAAUUUGGUUUUGAUUUGGGAAUUUUAGGUCAUUUGUUUAGAAUAAUCUACCGCAGCUGAGCUUCCGAGGUUUGUUGCACCUUUGCCAAUGCUC